AUGCUAGAAGAUCUCAAAACAGCAGCAGCUGAUACUGGAACAGAGAGCAGACAUGGAUACUAUCUGCUAUCAAAGUUUGAGAUACUGCAGUGUGGCGAUGUUGAAAAACUCAUCAAAAACCACGUUAACCCAAGGGAGAAUCCUGUUUAUUAUGUUAGCAUAGAAAAAACAUAUGAUGUGGUUAGGCGUGCACAUGUAGCCACAGGACAUGGUGGUCGAGAUCGCAUGGCCAAAGAAAUCAACAAAAAGUAUGCAAACAUCACUCGCGAUGUUCUCAAUCUUUUCAAGUCUUAUUGUCAUGAAUGUCAGAAGAAACGUAAGCGCCCAAGGAUUAAGGGUGUUGUAGUGCUCCCCAUUCUCACAAAUGUGUUCGCUUCUCGUGCACAAAUUGAUCUUAUUGAUAUGCAGUCCAUGGCCCAAAAAUCAUUUAAGUGGAUUUUUGUUUAUCAAGACCACCUAACCAAGUUUAUCAUUCUUCGAGCCCUAACUUCAAAGCGUGCUGCUGAGGUCGCUCAUCACCUGCUUGAUAUAUUCCUUCUCAUUGGUGCCCCAUCUAUUCUCCAGAGCGACAAUGGAAGUGAAUUCACAGCAGAGAUUAUCAGUGAACUGAAAAUUGUGUGGCCCAGGCUGGUUAUGGUCCAUGGUAAACCUCGACACCCUCAAAGCCAGGGGUCUGUGGAAAGGGCAAAUGGUGAUAUCAAGGAUAUACUUGUUGAAUGGAUGGGAGAUAAUGACACAAAUGAUUGGUCAUACCUAUGA